UGAGAGUUUGAGAACUGAGGGUGGGUGGGUGGUAUGGGGGAGCUGUGUUUAGGGAGAACGAGGCUGUCUGAGAAGGGUAAGAUGAGCGAUGAAGACAACAUUUAUCCAGUCUUCCCAAAUGUUGGUGCACAUCACAAUCGCCUGGGGAACAGUAAAAACGCUUGGUGCCUAGGCCAUACCCAGACCAGUCCAAUCAGAAGGUCUGGGGUCGGGGGCCAGGUAUCAGGGGAGUUUAAAGAUCCGCAGGUGAUUCCAACGUGCAGCCAAGUUUGGAACCAUUUCCCAGUUUGUUACCUACAUGUAUCCGAGACUUUGCGGAAAGACCUGCAGUGCGAUAGGAUACAAAUAGAAAAUGAAAUUGGAAGCGAGGAGGAAAGGACAAUGAGGAAGGAAGACGAUGAAGCCAAGGGAUAAGUCAGUUCAUAAAAUACCUGCUGUGAGAUGCUGGGACGUUGCUAGAAUGGCCAGCAUUUGGACUCUGAGCUUCCUCGUAGCUGAAGCAGAAGGGAAGCUGAGCAGUUAGGAAAGUCCUAGGAUGGGACCAACCAGUGCUUCAGGAGAAGCCCGGGGACCCAGAGCGGAAGGACGUUUCUCUCUAGGCUCUUCAGAAAGGGGGCUCCACGUGGGGCUGUGGACAGGGCUUCAACCCUGUCUCACAAUCACACGGAACCAGGAGUUUCACACGGGCCACUGGCUAAAACUGAAACACCCCUUCGUGUUGUCCUUGGAGGUCAUUCAAGGCCAGAAUCAACUGCUUGGGUCUAAUGUAGAAAGAAAGGUUGACGGUACUUCCUAAACUCUUGAUUUUUGUCUGUAACUAAUUUAAAAAUCCUCCCAUCUCCCUGGCCUCCUGGCUGAUUAGAAACUAACCAUACUUGUCUGCCUGCAGAUAGAGGGUCUGCCUUUUGUCUUUCUUGUGGUCAUUUCUUAUUCCAGGCAGUCAACUUGUCACUUCCGUCACCAGGCCAGGGGCUCAGAGGAGCAAAUGCAUUUGAUUAAGACACAGAACAGCAGCUUUGGCUCGUCAUCACUGUGCCCCUAGAGCGAGUUCACCUGCUAUGGCCUCCACUCUGAGGAGGGGUUUCUGCUCCUUCUAGAGCCUGGGCUUAGCCACAGGGGCAUUCUGCUGGUGGGGUCACUGCCCUCGGAUCUUGCCCACUGACACGAAGACGCGGGAGGGGCUGUUGCCUACAGAGGAGCAGAAAGGGCAACUCUGCCUCCCCCGUCUCUUCCCCCAUCCCCAGACAGUUGAGAAAUUCUCAUCCAGCCAGGCCUGUCUCUCCCCGGAGCCAGUGCCCGGGGGCCCACCUGGCCUGCUCAGCAGAGUCAGCUCUCGUUGGCCCCAGGUGGGCUAUGGGUCAGGUCAGGCUGGGGACCGACCUGGCAGAGCGCCGUCAGGGCGGCCUCAGGGAGGGGUGAGGGUAGUAUGGCUACUCAGGUGGGGGUGCUCCCACACCUGGGUGGCUCUGGAGCGCGUGGCAGCGUGUGUGUGCUGCUGGAGGAUGGGUGUGCCGCAGGGGUGGGGAGCUCCCUGCGCUCUGCUCUGUCUUUCAGCAUGUGAGUCUUAGAGGCUGUGGGUAAAUUCGUGUGUGUGUGUGCAUGUGUGUGUGUGUACAGGAGGUGGGCAAGGCUGUGCUCACGGCUGUUGGCUCUGUGGCCCUCAGGGCCCAGGUCUGUGGCGUUUACACCUUCCUGCAGGGGUUCUCCUGGUCUGCCCAGCUGGCGGGGAGCUGGGUGGCACUGCACGUGUGGCUCUCCUGUGCCUUGGUGGAGACCCUCAGGCGCGUCCCUUUGAUGCUGCCGUGCGAGCAGGUCUCCAGGUGGCUGGUGUGGGCAGCUGUGCAGGCCGGCAGAGGCCCGGUGCAGGUGUGGGGCACGGUGAGCCCGGUCCAGCUGGGUGCCCACACGCUCUUCCUGGGCGCGUACCUGCGCCUGCAUGUCUGCUUUGCUGCCAUCAGCUCUAAGGUCCGAGUGAGGGUCCACUCGCCCUUCUGCGUCUCACUGCCCUUCAGAGUCCACGGCCCCCUGAGCCCGGGCUUCAAAGUGAGGCUGCGGGCCCAGAGGCUUGACAGGGCCGAGGGGGAGGUGGGUGUACCCCAAGGGGAGCAGAGGCCCCAGGUGUCCAGGAGGCUCGAGCCCGCAAGGAGAUGGGAGGUGUUACUGAGCAGGGGUGAGCUCUGUCCAGGUGGGCGCGUGAAGGGGCUGCUCUCUGUGCCCUGGACCUGUGCCCAGCUUGGGUGCCAGGCCACGCUUGGAGCUUGCUCCUCCUAUUACGAUGCAGGAGAAAGAACAUUCUCUCCUCUUGCACUGUCAAGCCUGUGUGGCCGCCUCUCUCCUUUCCCCGCUGGACUCUGGGGACCUCCCUCCUGGACUACGUGGUCCCUGGGGAAGGCACAGGCAGAAGGACCCGGCAGGGCCCAGGCCUUGCCCUCUGUGCGCUGAGAACAGGGCUGCUCAGGACAGCGUUGGGCUGGGAGCCCUUCUCUUCCCCCUGCCCUGGCCUCCUCUGCAGAUCUCCCUCCCUCAGGCUCUCUGUCCCUCCCCGUCUCCGCCCUUCCCCGGGGGGAGCUCUACU